AUGGCGGAAUCUGGCGAAAAGAGUGACGAUGGCCCGAAGCCUGUUGGGUUCUUCGACCCGGCGCUGUCGUCGACUCGCAAAUCGGUGUUCUUCCAAUGGGCGCGCACAGUUCUUAUGCUCUGCGUCUUUAUUCUCUGCGUGCUUUCCCUCUACUGGGCUGUACAGUUUCGUGUCGAGGCCAAACUUCCGAAUCUAAAAGUGUGGGUUGUCGAUUUCGAUGCCUCGUCCGAUGCGGUCGUGGGCCCCGCCGUCACAGACCUCGCGCAAUCCAUCAUAGACUCCGACACUCGGACCGUGGGGUAUGUGAUAAAACCUCCGACAGAGUUCAACAACGACCCCGUGGCCGUUCGCCAAGCGGUGUACGACGAGCACUGCUACGCUGCCAUCGUGGUCAAUUCCAACGCCAGCGCAGCCCUCCGAGCAGCAGUCAGUGGGGGAAACGAUGCAUACAACCCCUCGGACGCUGCGCAGUUUGUCACAUUAUCUGCCAGGGACCAGUCCACCUACUCCAGCUAUAUAACACCGGCUCUCAACUCGUUCGAGCUGCAGCUCCGUUCGGAGUUUGGGCCGGGAUGGGUGAGCAGCCUGGCCGAGCAGUCGGUGAAUUUAUCCCGAGCUGCUCCUCAGGCGUUGAAUCCAGCAGUCGGUUUUGAGACUGUGGAUUUGAGGCCGUUCUCUCGGGCUGUGUCGACGCCGGCGGUCACCAUCGGUCUGAUCUACCUGAUCAUUAUCGCCUUUUUCGCCUUCCCUUUCCUCAUGCCCAUCCACGCGCAAUUCAUCAAGGGCGACCAUCCUCCGCUAAAGAUCCCGCACUGGCUCGUGUGGCGCAUCUCCUCAGAUAUCGCCGCGUACUUUUUCAUGUCGCUGUUUUACUCCUUCGUGUCGCUGGCGUUCCAGAUUCCGUUCACCAACUCUCCGGCGCCGGAUACGGUCAGCGCUGACGAGCCAAAUGCCUAUGGCCGUGGCUCCUUUGUUGUCUUUUGGAUGCUUAACUUUUUGGGGAUGGCUUCGCUCGGUUUGCCUUGCAUAAACAUGGCGAUGAUUCUUGGAUUCCCUUGGUCUAGUUUGUGGUUGAUCUUCUGGGUUAUCACAAACGUAGCCACAGGAUUCUAUGCCCUGGACCUGGCCCCCGGGUUUUUCCGCUGGGGAUACGCGUGGCCGUUGCACCGAAUUGUCGAGGCGUCGCGGACCAUCCUGUUCGGCACACACUCGCGCAUCGGCCUGGACUUUGGCGUCUUGUUCGCGUGGGUUGGAGUUUCCAUUUUAUUCUUCCCCUUUGCGGCGUUUGUCAUGCGCUGGAAGAUGAAGCGGGGGAUGUAA